AUGUUGACGCAAGAAGAAGCUUUCUUCGGCUAUCCUUUAUUCCCUUCCCAGUCUGCCGUACUUGUAGAUACAGACACGGAAAUCCUGUCUGCGGCGAAAGACGUCACCAUCACACAGGCGCUCUCAAUCCUCUCUGCCGGCGUCUUCGCUCUCUAUGUCAACAGACGCUUCAUCAGAUCUCAGCUGCCGCCAUGGCUUAGGCCAUUUGCCAAUGAAGGCGCUCCCGAAGGCGUCAAGCGACCGUUUUGCUCCGUCUGGGCCAUUUUCUUGCUCCUCAUCAGCAUCACAGGGCUCGUUCUCUCCCUUGUCCCCGUCUUGCUGAACCCGACCCGCUACCUGUACCUCUGGGAGGCGGUUCCCUGGGCUUCGGCCCUCUCCAUCACCAUCUUGGACCGUCCGACAAAGGCCCCAAAGCUCUUGUUGCUCCAAUACACGGCCAUACUGGGCGCCAGCACCGUCAUGUACGCCAUUCGGUUCCUGGAUCGCUCUCUCUACGGCAUCGACCGCUUCCGUCUUGCCCGGAUGGCGCUCUCCGGCCUGGCCAUGAUGCUCAUCUGCAUGAUGCCUCUCCGAGAGCCCAGCUGGGGCAGCAGAGACAUUGGCCAGUCUCACGAGAAGCCCUCGCGCGCCCUUCGCAGCCCCGAAGACGACCUGAGCCUCUUCCGCUUCUGGACAAUGAGCUGGGUCAACCCCCUGGCCCUGCUCUGCCGCAAGCGCGAAAUCACAGAGGACGACGUCUGGCAGCUGCCCUUUGAGUUUCAGCACUUCCGCCUGUACAUGGCCUUCCGUGAGCUCCAGGGCAAGCUCCUCCCGUGCUUGAUCCGGGCCAAUGGCUUGGAUCUGACGAUUGCGACGCUGCUGGCCGUGUCCGAGAGGGUGGCCGAGGUGUCCAACAUCCGGCUGACGAGCCAGCUGUACAAUGCGCUGGACGCGAGGAACCCGGACGACGCCGUCUUUUGGGGCCUGGUGAUGCUGGUUCUUGACUGUGCCCGCCAGCUGUGCAAGACGACAUCUUCGUGGUACUCCCGCAAAGCGUAUGAGCGGUCUCGCGGGGAGGCCUUCAUUGCGCUCUUCGGCAAGCUUCUGACGCGCGCAGUUCCCGGAUCGGAUGUGACGGAAAAGGGUGCCGAUGAAGCAGGUGACCAUGCAGAGAAUGGGAAGCCCAGGACAUGGCUGGCCAGGAUGCUAUGGAGGAAGCCCAGCACCCCUAGACACAGCUCCAAGACACUCCCCGGAUCGGCCUCCAACGCCAAAGUUGUCAAUCUUGUGCGAGGAGAUACGUACGAAAUCUCGCAGCGGUUCUGGGAAUUCCCCAAGCUCGUCUCCCAGCCCAUCAAGGUCGUCGUCACCAUGUACUACCUCAUCGACAUCAUGAGCUGGCCGUCGGCCAUUGGCGUCGGGCUGAUGCUCGUCUUCCUCUUCGUCAACUCGACACUGGUCGGCAAGCUGAUCAAGCUCGAACGACAGCGAACAUCCAUCUCCGACAAGCGCGCCCAGGCCGUCUCGCACUUUGUCGAGGCCAGCCGCCCCCUCAAGCUCAACGGCUGGACCGCCACCUGGAGCGCCAGGAUCAUGAAGUUCCGGGGCCUGGAAAUGGCCAAGCGGCUGAGCAUUGCCUACGCCUCCGCUGCCAUUUCGACCGUCAGCGUCGCCGGCGGGACGACGUAUCCGCUGGCCAGCAUCGCCUUGUACACGCUCAUUCUUCGGCAGGGGCUGCCGAAUGAUGUGAUUUGGCCAUCGCUGCAGCUGUUCUCCCAGCUGGAGAUGAGCGUCAAGGAGGCGUUUGAUCUCAUCUCGGCGUACUGGAAGGCCACGAUCCCCAUCGAGCGAGUCAACAAGUACAUGGCCGAGCCCGAUAGGGACGACAUCUCUAACAACCCCAACAGCGUCACGGACAUCGAGUUCCGCAACGCCUCCUUUUCCUGGCCCUCCACCGACAAGCGCAUCCUCCGGGACCUCAACUUCAACUUCACAAAGGGCCUCACUGUCAUCCGAGGCAAAGUCGGGUCUGGAAAGUCGAGUCUUUUGCUCGCCGCCCUCAACGAGAUGGAGCUCCACGAAGGCGACCUCAUCAGGCCCGACGUCCCCGUGGCGUAUACCCAGCAGCUGCCGUGGCUGCAGAACAAGACGAUCCGAGAAAACAUUGUCUUCCACCAGCCGUUUGACUCGGCAAGAUACCAGCAGGUCCUUCAUGCCUGCGCCCUGUUACCCGACCUCGCCCUGCUCCCCGAGGGCGACCAGACGAAGCUCGAAGAAGGCGGCAUUGGGCUUUCCGGAGGCCAAAAGGCGCGCGUCUCCCUUGCCAGGGCAGUGUACAGCCAGUGCAGAAUCAUGUUACUGGACGACCCGCUUGCUGCCCUGGACCACGACACAGCGAGUGCGAUUGUUCGUCGCUUUCUCCAGGGGCCUCUUGCCGAGGGCCGGACCAUCGUUAUGGUGACGCACCGAGAUGAUCUGGUACUCCGGAUAGCCGACAAGGUGAUUGACCUGGUCGAUGGAAAGGCAACUGUGCUUUCAGAGGAGCAGGUCAGGCUCGAACUCGAGCACCCGUACCACGACAACGCAAAGACGACGCACGAUGACUCUGAAGCAGCCCACGACAUCUCCUCUGAGAACAUCCCCGCACUCAAAGAUGCCCCUGAAGAACCAGCAAAGACGGGGAGCGUGCCCCUGAGUGUAUACAGCGAAUACAUCCUCGCGGGCGGAUGGCACCUCUGGGUCCUCCUCGGCUUCUCCUACGGCGCCUCCCGGGUAUGCGACAUCUCGCGAGCCCGCCUGCUCGAGGCAUGGGGUUCCGGCUCCGUUCAGGGCGGCGGCACGGAGGAGAGCACGCGCUGGGGCGUCCUUCCCACGCCAGACACGCACCCGGUCCCCUGGCUCCUCGUCCUCGCCAGCCUCUCAGCAUGCCAAAUCGCGACAUACGCCGCGGCCCAGCUGCUCCUUGCGCAAAUCAGCGUCCGGGCAGCGCAGGAGCUCUUCAAAACGGCCAUUGAAAAGGUCAGCAGGGCAACCUUCCGGUACCACGACACCACGCCGACGGGCCAGCUUAAGAACCGGCUCAUCGCGGACAUGGGCAUGGUCGACGGCGGCAUCGUCGCGCCGCUCGAAUCCUUCGUGUACAACUUCAUCGCGCUCGCGCUGAGCCUCGUGGCCAUCGCCUCCCACCAGCCCGCGCUGCUCGUCAUGCUCGCCGCCGUGGCGGCCCUCUUCGUGCACUUCUUCCGGACCUACGUCCCCGUGUCGCGCUGCCUGCGCCGCAUGGAGAUGCGCUACCUGACGCCCAUCAUCGCCAACAUCGGCGUCAUGCAGGACGGCCUCGUGACCAUCCGCGCGCUGCGCGUCGAGCGGCACUUCCAGGACCGGCACCUCGAUGCCGUGGACGACUUCCAGAAGCAGGACCACUUCUUCUGGAGCAUGGCCUUUUGGCUGGAUUUCAGGCUGAGCCUGAGUUCUGCGGUGACGCGCACGGCUUUGAUCCUGUUCAUGGUCUGGCGCGGGACGAGCGCGAGCGCGGUGGGAUUCGUGCUGACGCAGACGACGAUUGCAAUGGCGGCUGUGCAGCAGCUCUGCGAGCGGUUUGCGCAGCUGCAGCUCGAUGCCGUGUCGCUAGAGCGCGUGAGCAUGCUCAAGGAGAUCCCCGAGGAACCGAGUGGCGGAGAGGAGCCCCCCGAGGACUGGCCGCGACCGUGCGACGACGUCAAGUUUGAGCGCCUCUCGUUCAAGUACGACGCUCACCUGCCCUGCGUGCUGGAUAAAGUCUCGUUUGAGAUCCCCGGCGGCUCGACGUGCGCCGUUCUCGGACGCACGGGAUCCGGCAAAUCAACCAUUGCCAACGCCCUCCUCAUGACACAAGCCCCCCACGAAGGCACCCUCAGCAUCGGCAGCGUCAAUCUUUCACACGUCAACCGGACGUCUCUCCGCCAACGCAUCACGUUCAUCCAGCAGGACCCCAUCCUCUUCCCCGGCACUCUCCGCGACAACAUCGACCCCAGCGGCUCCUUUACCGAAAAGGCCUGCCAGGAAGCCAUAGCGCGCGUCCUCGGGGCUUCGUUCAGCGUCGCCACGCAGAUUGACGCCGCGGGGAAGAACCUCAGCCAGGGACAGCGUCAGCUCGUGGGCAUCACGCGCGCCGUGCUAAGGAGGAGCGGAUUGGUGAUUCUGGAUGAGGCGACGGCGUCGAUUGAUCGCGGGACGGCGGCGACGGUGCAGCGGAUCUUGAGGGAGGAGUUGAGGAGCAGCACGGUGGUGACGAUUGCGCAUCGGCUGGAGGCUGUGGAGGAUGCGGAGUGGUGUUUGAGAUUGGAAGGGGGGAGGGUGGUUGAGUGUGGGCCGGCGAAGGGGGGGAGAUAG